AUGACGUGAAGUCAUAACCCAAUCUAAAUGUGUAUGCCAGCUGUUCCCUACCGACACUUGCACUGAUAAGACGUGUAUGUGGACAAGUGUUCUCCAGUACAGAUCAGCAUGGCGACUCUUUUGCUCUCUGUUUUGGCUCUAACGACGUACGUCGCAGUGGGAGGAGUGAACGUUAACUGCCCGCCACAUCUCGUAAAGAAUGACAACCUGCGAGAGUACGGCAGUAGCUGUUACGAGUUCGUGCUUUCUCACUUUGAAUCCUGGUACAAGGCGGAUGCCGACUGCAAGUCCAGGCGUGGCCACCUAGUAUCGCUGAACUCCUUCCCUGAGCAAACCUUCAUACUAAACACAAUGCAGAUCCUUGGUUACCAUGACGACCAUGGCGUGUGGAUCGGGCUGACAGACCACGAUGGCGAGGGCAAUUGGCAUUGGGCAGACAACACGAAGCCGGUGUUCACGAACUGGGCCCCAGGUCAGCCGGGGAUGCUUUCCAGCAAUGAGGACUGCGCCAUGCUAGAGUUCAAGGACGGCACGUGGCACGACUACCCGUGCGAGGGCUUCUUUUUCUUCUCACAGAAGCACGGCUGGAUAUGCGAAUACGAAUUACCAUCGCUUGGAAAGUAGAUACUGGGCCAACUCAUAUCGCAAAAGUUCUUUUCGUCCGUGUUCAAUAUUCAAAUACAGCGGACAGUUUUAAAUAACAGUGCAUAUAUGGUAAUAAAUUUAGUAUUCGACAAUUUAA